AAGUGUAAAGUAAACAGAGUGUAUCUCUGUUGACUGUAUGUAUGAGUUGCAGAAAAAAAAAAUCUGAAUCUAAUCUAGAUCUAGAUCUCUAAAUCUAGUUUAGGUGUUUAGUUAAUGAAUAAUAAAGUGAAUGAUGGAUAAAUUUUUGACUAAAACACCACGAGCGAAGUCAGACAAAUCCAUCAGUGUAACACCAUCAUCACGAUCCUUACAACAAAGUACCAUUAAGUCGCUAAAAAGAGUAGUGGUUGUGGAAGACAUAGAGAGGCUGAAAUCAAAGCUGCAAUUGCCCAAUCAAAAGAAAACUGUCUUACUAGACUCUUUGAAGGAACUAGGGAAAAAAAUCCCACCACGUAAUGUGAUGGUUACUACAAAGAUUGGAAGAACAGUGAGUAAGUUAAAGAAACAUCCAGACUCUGAUGUCUCCAACCAAGCUAAAGAGGUUUAUAAGAAAUGGAGUAACUAUUUUGAGCAGCAGACAGAAAAGCCCCAAAUAGAGGUCAGGUGUGAUCAAAAGUCAGAAGCAAUGAGACAGCAAGGCAAAACUCGCCUGGCAGAGGCACUGCAUGUUGAGAGUGACCACCCUAUGGUUGAAGCAAUUGAAAGAGAAACAUUUUAUCAAAACAGUCGACUUAACAGUGCUUCCUAUCGUGGGACAUUAAGGACUUUGUAUUUCAAACUGAAGCACAACGAAGACUUACGGAAUUCAGUCAUUUCUGGUUCAAUUUCUGUAGAGGAUUUUGUCAAAGAGCACAAGAAAUCAAAAAGAUGACAAUGAAAAGAUUUAUUUAAAUGUAUUUGUUGUUUGUAAAUUUUAAAUAAAAUUAUGUAUCAUUUUUAAAAUGAAGUUUAAAAAUAAAAUAUGAUUUUAAAUAACACAACUUAUACUAGACCCUGUU